AUGCCCUCUUGGGCAGCUCGCAGUGGACAGCAGUUAGCAGGAGGUUUCCUGGGAUGUUUAGACGGAAUCCUGGGCGACCAGGAAUGGCUCUUCAAAGUUCUACAAUUGAAGCGAAGCUGGCACAGUUUCCGACGGCACGUUUGCCAUUACUGUGGCGCAGUUCGCCGAUUAGAAGGGGACGAGCCUGAAACCAUGCUAUUCACAGCCUAUGGCCCAAGGGCUGCUCAUAGGAACACGCUCAUCAAGAGCAAAGAUGACUGGAUCGCUGUUCACGGUCAUUCAACACUCACAGCAGUCCCGGGAUUUACUCCAAUACGCAUUCCAUUUGCGGCAAGGGCGGCCAAAAAACUGUUCACCACAGCCGUGAUUGCUCCGUCGGCAACUGGGUAUGCGCACGUCUCUCAAAAAUAUCUAAAAGGCGGAGCCGCCAGGAUGUUUGUGUAUUGGAUCACUGAAGUUUGCUAUGCGGCAUCGAUGACGGACCCUUCUGCUCACAACAAGCACCGGACGAACGUUUUCCUCGCACUCGCCUCCAUAUACACCACACUUGCAGAACAAGGGCGGUAUUUGACCCAAGAGCCCAUCACUGACAUCCAUUAUGCAUACAUGACCUUCCGCCAAAGCUACAACUACCUUGCCAAUGAAGCGUUAAACGCUGAAAAAUUUGUUUGGCAGCUGCUGCCAAAGCAGCAUAUGCUGGAACACUUGUUUUUGGAUUGGGUGCCCAUCUUCGGGAAUUGUCGACGAUACUCCCUGUACCUGGAUGAGGACAUGGUGGGUCGCGCUAAGCGCAUAGUUUCCCACACGCACCCGCGCACCAUGAGCGUGGCCGGGCUGAACCACUUUGCGUUGGCUGCCGCACUGCGGUGGUGUGGACAGGAUGCGCUUCUGAGGUGA